UCCGCCCGCCGUGGGUCCCCCUCCCCACCCCCACCCCACCCCAGGUCCCCCGGCGCGGAGGCGGUAACUAUGGAGAACAUGGCGGAGGGGGAGCUGCUACCCCUGGAGAAGGAGGAGGGAGCUCAGGUCGGCGUCCCGACCUCGGCCCCGGCCUCGGCCCGGGUGUCAGAUUCGGCUCCGGAACCGGCUCCGACUCCGGCCUCGGCUCCAGCCCCAGCCCUUGCCCGGGCCCAGACUCCGGCCCUGUCCCCGUCCCUAGCGUCUGCCCCCGAGGAGGCUGAAAGCAAGAAUUCGAGACUUGAAAGUUGUUUGGGAGACAGCUCAGUGCCCUCCUCCCCGUCUCAACACCAAACGAAUGAUCUAGUUAGUCUUUUGAAGUCAAUCAUAACUAGGGAAGAUGAAGAUGGUGUAUCUGAAAUAGAACUGAAAGCUGAGGAAACAGUAACAGAAGAAGUUUUAAAAGAAUCUCCUGACAUCUUGGACUCACCUAAUUUAACAAGAGAGAAACACAUCUCAAUUCAAAGGCAGCUUGCUGAUCUAGAGAAGCUAGCUUUUGUAACUGAAGGAGACUUUGAUUCUACCAGUUCAUUGAACUCAGAUAAUCUUGAUGCAGGGAAUAAACAAGCUUGUCCAUUGUGCCCUAAGGAAAAAUUCAGAGCUUGUAAUAGUCAUAAGCUUCGUCGUCACCUUCAGAAUUUACACUGGAAAGUCUCAGUUGAAUACGAAGGUUUCAGGAUGUGCAUCUGUCACUUACCUUGUCGACCAGUAAAACCAAACAUUAUUGGAGAACAGAUAUCCAGUAAGAUGGGUGCCCACUACCAUUGUAUCAUUUGUUCAGCAACUAUCACCAGAAGGACUGACAUGCUAGGGCAUGUUAGGCGCCAUGUGAAUAAAGGAGAGACUAAGUCCAGGUACAUUGUUGUGUCUACUACUAAACCAUCAAAUGAAAUUUUGAAGGAAGCAGAUACAGAUGUACAAGUUUGUCCUAACUAUUCUAUACCUCAGAAAACAGAUUCCUAUUUUAAUCCGAAAAUGAAACUAAAUCGACUAUUACUUCCUUUUAGGCAGCUAAUUUUCUGUACAUUGGCUGCUUUGGCUGAGGAACGAAAACCUUUGGAAUGUCUAGAUGCUUUUGGAGCCACUGGGAUAAUGGGAUUACAAUGGGCAAAACAUCUUGGCAAUGCAGUCAAAGUUACAAUUAAUGACAUGAAUGAAAAUUCUGUGACAUUGAUUCAGAAAAACUGCCAUUUAAACAAGUUGAAAGUGGUAGUAGACAGUAAGGAGAAGGAAGGCGGAGAUUGUCUUGGAGAAGAAGAACAAAAUCUUGGUAAUAUUAAGGUGACCAAAAUGGAUGCGAAUGUGCUGAUGCAUUUGAGAUCUUUUGAUUUCAUACACUUAGACCCUUUUGGAACAUCAGUGAACUAUCUAGAUUCUGCAUUCAGAAAUAUAAGAAACCUUGGCAUAGUAUCAGUGACUUCUACAGAUAUCAGUUCCUUAUAUGCCAAGGCACAGCAUGUUGCCCGGCGACACUAUGGAUGUAACAUUGUCCGAACUGAAUAUUACAAGGAGCUAGCAGCCAGAAUCGUGGUAGCUGCAGUGGCAAGAGCUGCAGCACGAUGCAACAAAGGCAUAGAAGUACUGUUUGCAGUAGCUUUGGAACAUUUUGUGUUGGUUGUUGUGAGAGUAUUGAGGGGGCCUACUUCAGCAGAUGAGACAGCCAAGAAAAUUCAAUACCUGAUCCACUGUCAGUGGUGUGAGGAGAGGAUUUUUCAGAAGGAUGGUAAUAUGGUAGAAGAAAACCCAUAUAGACAGUUGCCCUGUAACUGUCAUGGAACCAUGCCUGGAAAGACAGCAAUAGAACUUGGACCUCUGUGGUCAAGUUCCCUUUUCAACACGGGAUUCCUCAAAAGAAUGCUAUUUGAAUCUCUUCAUCAUGGUGUGGAUGAUAUUCAGACCCUCAUAAAAACAUUAAUCUUUGAAUCAGAGUGUACUCUUCAAAGUCAGUUUUCAACUCAGACACCUUCAAAUGUCAAGAAGCAAGAAGAAAAUGAUGUAUUUAUCAAAACCACAGAUACCACAACGGAACAUCUACAAGGAAAGAGAAAAAGCCAUGAAGUAAUAACAAAUUUAGCCAAGAAGCAAAAGUCUGAUGUCAGUACUGAACAUCCUCCUUUUUAUUAUAAUAUCCACAGACACAGCAUUAAAGGGAUGAACAUGCCAAAGUUGAAGAAGUUUUUGUGCUAUCUUUCUCAAGCAGGCUUUCGUGUAAGCCGAACUCACUUUGACCCAAUGGGCGUUCGUACAGAUGCACCUCUGUUGCAGUUUAAAUCUAUUCUUCUACAGUACAGCACCCCCACUUACACUGGAGGACAAUCAGAAGGCUAUGUCCAAUCAUCACCCGAAAAUUCGGUGGCUGACAGGGUUGAGUAACAGGUUGAAUAAUAUGUGGCUGCAGAAGACAGUAAUCAUAGAGAAGCAAUUAUUCUCAGGUGUCUGUACAGAUGGCCCAAUAGUUCUAUGCCAACUUGUAUUUCCUUUUCUAUUCAAUUCAGUUGUGUAAAAAUAAAGGG